GCUGAACACGUCAGAACACCGCAUUUCUGCGGGACCACAUUGUCAUUGCAAUCUGCAUUGCAGAAGAAGUGCACCGCUUACUUGUGGACGGUGUGCCUUCUUUCGAUCCUUUGAUCUUCUAAGGGCUGUCUCUCAUUAUAGUACACUGCAUUGCACCACUGGACAGAUGGCAGCGUCUCUUGCUCUCCGGAGGUCUUCCGCGAACUUACAUUUUGAGCGGCAACCUCCACAAGCAAAGCACAGCACAGGAAAUGUCCCGCAACUUCAGCAAAGCCUCUAUGGUAAAAGGUUAGGUCAGCGGUCAGCGCAGAGGGUUAGAGUCUUGAGUGGGCACGGAGCUGAGAGAAGACCUCAUGGUACUGUGUGUAUGUCACGAGAAGGUCAACCUUUGGUUGGGGAGGACUUCGGAGCCAGGGAUCCCUUUGCAGGCGAAAUAGCAUCUGACUUUGGCAACAAGGUGUUGGGCAAUGCGGACACAGAGCAUAAGAUCAAGGUCCCCAUACUACGGGGCAUCGUCGGACUGUCUGCCAGAAGUUGUCAGAAGCUUGGACCUGACACGAAGGCGCUGUCACCGGAAGAAGCAAACGACCUUCGAAAACAGAUACUGGGCUGGAAACUUCUAGAAGGGCCAAGCGGCGAGCUCCGGCUGCAGCGGGAGUGGACGCUGCGGAAUUUCCCGUCGGGGCUCGAGCUGUUUCAGCGGAUCUCAAAAGUUGCGGAGGAGCAGGGGCACCACCCGGACCUGCAUCUAACCGGCUGGAACAAGGCCCGCGUAGAGCUGUACUCGCACGAACUAGGGGGCCUAAGUGAGAACGACUUCAUACUGGCAGCUAAGGUUGAGGAGAUCGACACGUCAGAUCUCAUCAAGAAAAUAAAGAAGUUCUGGGCCUAAGGCCAUCCGUCGUUGCAUUGCCUGCAGUUGCUGACAGACCUUCGUUGGGUUAGUCGGAAGAUAGAAGAACGGGGAUCCGUCGAAUGAAGUGUACCUUAUUACAAUAAACAUCGUUGCGUCGAAUUCUAAGGCUGAGUCAGCCCGCUGCAAGCUAGCCAAGCUUGCUGAAUCGUAGAUCCGGGAAGCCAACGGUCCUGAUCAGAGUCCAGACAAAUCUGCAAGUAAGACCUGUGGCUUGCGUUCAGGUCCGUCAGAACUCUUUCAGUGUUGGCCCACAUAGCUCCUAACAACACGAAGUGUGGACGCUCUUCAGAGUCCAUACUACAAGAGCAGACGGUUAGCAGAAGGUUUGAUCGGUUAUGGCACUGCGCACCCGGUACUUGCAAAAAUAAACCUCAGGCCAUAUUGUUUGAUUGAGAUUCGGUAACAUGUUAGCAUCCGGAGUCUGGGC